UCUCUGUCCAUCUUCUGUAUCCUGUCUGCAGUCUCUGACCAUCUUCUGUAUCCUGUCCACAGUCUCUGACCAUCUUCUGUACUAUGUCUGCAGUCUCUGACCUUCUCCUGUAUCCUGUCCGCAGUCUCUUACUGUCUCCUGUACUAUGUCUGCAGUGUCUGACCAUCUCCUGUAGUAUGUCUGCAGUCUCUGACCAUCUCUGUAGUAUGUCUGCAGUCUCUGACCAUCUCCUGUAUCCUGUCCACAGUCUCUGACCAACUCCUGAGGU